AUGGACCAUAACUCUAUUUCCACCAAUAGACCAAGAGACAACGGAGAAGGGGCUUCCACAAGUGCCUCUUUCUCCUCUUUCUCCUCUUUCUCUGCCAAUGGAGUCGACAUUGCACAUGCUGGUCAAGGUGAUGCUGCUGCCGCUUCGUGCCAGGCUUUCGGAGACUCAGUAGACACGCCAGACUAUGCCUAUGCAUAUAGCGAUGUACUCGAGGGAUCGUCUGGCAAUAUCUAUGUAGAGCGCGACGACCCGACGUUUGCUGAACGCGUUGAUCAAGAAGACGACACGGACGACGAUACGACAGAUGAGGAUACAGACUAUGGCUUAGACGACGUCGAUGGCACCAGUGUUGCAAUGAGUGACGAGGAGGAGUGUCGGGAAUAACUGCUGGAUAGACGUAGCAAGAGAAAGGCGGAACAAGCACCAGGGAAGGCGC